AUGGAAAAUUAUACCAGCAGUGGCAAGCUAUUUACAAGUAAACUUCAUCAAUUUGAUAAUCUUCCUGAACCAAGAAAUGCAACAGAAGAAGAACAAGAAGCAUUUUAUAGUAACAAAUCAUAUAAUUUUCAUAUUCCUAAUAAUGUUGAUGAUUUUGAUAAAUUAAGUAGUAAGAAAAAUAGUACUUCAAAAAUAAGUAGCUUAUUUAAAGCAGCAAAAAGUUAUCCAAUAUAUUUAAAAGAAGCUCAAAAAAUGGCAAAUGAUUAUAAGAUUGAGUCAAUGCGAAAGCGAAUAAAGAAACUUCAUAUUAGCGAUAAUGACGAAGAUGAUACGUACAACAAUCCGAAUCUUCAUUCAGAAGAACAAGAUGAAUUGGAACUUCCUAAGAAUUUAUUUUAA